AACUUUACUAGCUAGCUAGCACUCCAGUCUGGCAGCUCGGUUAUAUCAAUAUUUGACAUCACAUGAGAAACAAACAACAUCAGGUGACAGCUGAGACAAUGGACCUUGAGUUUUAAUCCUGCUAUUCUAGCUAGCUAUUUAGAGCGUUUGUCCCAUUGAACAUUAGCAAGCGGACUAACGUUAGCUUGCCAGCCCACCCCACAAGAAACAUGCCCCCAUUAAAAUUCUGCGCGAAUCUUUCGUGGUUGUUUACGGAUCUGCCAGAGUUUACCCAGAGAAUCUAUGCUGCUGUAUCGGCUGGGUUUCAGGCUGUGGAGGCGGCAUGGUUGUAUGACUCUGAUUUACAGGAGCUCCAGAGAGUCAAGAAUGCUACUGGGGUUGAUGUGGUGCUGAUUAACACACCCCUUGGAGAUGCUAAGGCAGGUGAUCUUGGUCUGGGUGCUGUUCCUGGCAGAGAGGAGGACUUCAGAAAGGGUCUGGAUCUGGCUAUGCAGUACGCCAAGGCUCUGGACUGCAGGAGGAUCCACUUGAUGGCUGGGAGGGUACCUGUGGGUGCGGACCGAGCUACCAUUGCCGUGGAAAUGGAGGACACCUUUGUACAAAACCUUAAACAUGCUGCCGAUGUCCUCUCAAAUGAGGGCAUCACUGGCCUGAUUGAGCCCAUCAACACACGGAUAACAGAUCCCAGAUAUUUCCUGGACAGUCCACAUCAGGGUAACGCUAGUGAUGCUUUUCCAUGGCAAGCGGCUGCAAUCCUGCAGAAAGUUGGCCACCCAAAUAUUAAACUACAGAUGGAUGUCUUCCACUGGCAGAUAAUGGACAGCAACUUGACACAGAACAUACACAAAUAUUUCCCUCUCAUCGGUCACAUCCAGAUAGCCCAGGUGCCCAGCAGGAACGAGCCCGACAGUGCAGGAGAACUUAACUUCCCAUAUCUCUUCAGUCUACUGGAGGAGUUGGGUUACCAGGGAUACAUCGGCUGUGAAUACAAACCACUAGGCUCUACAAAUGAAGGUCUUGGUUGGGUGAAAGAUUACUUGAAGCGCAACAAGAGAGAGGACCACGCAUGCAAACAGUUGCCAGUACCAGCCUUUCCAUAGAGGCAACAGUCAUCGCUGAUGAGUCUUCCACUUUAUUUGAACUCAGAUAAACAGUUCAUUAUUGUGAAAUGGGCUUAUUAAACAGCAGCCUAAACACUUGACUGACAUUGAUGUUUCGACUAAGAAUGUGGUGAGAAGUAGUAUGAUUAGAUCAUUUGUUUGCAGUUGUCUUUAUCCAAUAAAGUCCUGUGUUGUACCCACA